AUGGCGCACACCGCUUAUGGAGACGUGAGUUAUUAUUUUAAGGAGGAGAUGAAACGCGGAUCUGUAAUUGGACAUAUAGCAAAGGAUCUCGGACUCGAUGUGAACAGACUGCCAUCUCGUAAGGCUCGAAUUGACACUGAAGGUAACAGAAAACGAUACUGCGACAUUAAUCUGAAUACUGGAGAACUGACCGUAGCAGAGAGAAUCGACAGAGAGGGACUGUGUGGAAAGAAAGCCUUAUGUGUCAUAAACCAGGAGCUCGUCCUUGAAAGCCCUCUAGAACUGUAUCGCUUCAUUAUAAAUAUUGAAGACAUAAAUGAUAAUUCACCACAGUUCACAGAGAAUGUCGUUAAAUUCGAAAUACAGGAAUCAGCAGUCAAAGGAUCUCGCUACUUAUUAGAUGAGGCCCAUGAUGCCGAUAUUGGUCUUAAUUCUGUGCAAUCAUAUACACUUCAAAACAAUGAACACUUUAUUCUAAAUAUACUAACCAGAGAAAUUGGAAGAAAAUAUGGUGAGCUCGUGCUGAAUAAAGAGUUGGAUCGUGAGCAGCAGAAAGAGGUGACAUUAAUUCUCACUGCGGUAGACGGCGGGACUCCACCGAGAUCAGGUACUGUAGCCAUAUACAUCACUGUGCUGGAUGCUAAUGAUAAUGCUCCAGUAUUUAGUCAGGAUAUCUAUAAAGUCAGUCUGCCUGAAAAUGCUCCUGUAGAUACUGUAGUGGUGACAGUGAGCGCUACUGAUGCUGACCAGGGACAAAAUGGAGAAGUGACAUAUGCGUUUAGUCAUUUAUCCGAAAUUGUCCGGCAAUUAUUUUACCUUGAUACAAUGUCUGGAGAGAUUAAACUUAAGGGACUCAUGGAUUUUGAGGAGGGGAAUUCAAUCGAACUGCCGAUUCAAGCUAAAGAUGGUCAAGGGUUAGCCAGUCAUUGUACAGUAAUAAUAGAUGUUAUUGAUAUCAAUGAUAACGCUCUUGAUGGAGCUGUAGCCAUUCCCAGCGCGUAUCUCCCUCCAAAUUACGCAGAGGUGGAGGGCGCGGGAACUCUCCGCAGCGCUUACAAUUAUGACGCAUACCUGACCACGGGCUCGCGCACUAGUGACUUCAAGUUCAUCAGAUCUUAUAAUGAGAGCACGCUGACUGCUGACCUGACUCUGAAAAAGACUCAGUCUGCUGUGGAUGAUCUUGAAGGGCUCGACGCGGAAAUGAGUGAUUCGUUUCAGCAGACUCUGUUAACGAAAUAUUUAGGGUCUUUCAUGUGUUUUAUUGCAAACAAGUGA